AUGCAGCUACCGCGGCGGUUCACGCUGGCUCGCGCCAUGGGCCCUGGCACGCGGCUGUGCAGUGACCUGUUUGAGGUCGGUGGCCAGCUAUUUCGUCUGGAGCUCUAUCCAGCGGGCCUGAACAGCGAAACCCACAAGUACGUCUCCCUCUUCCUGACGACUCCCGGUGUGACGCAGCCGAUGCACCUGCUGUACGAGCUAAGCAUACUGGACAAGGGCCAAUCCCGUCCGCAGCACAUCACCGAAUCACGCACCGUGCAUGCGCCGUUCCCGGCGGAGCCGGCAGCCAUCCUAGCACCCCAGCCGGGCGUCGUGGCGGGGUUCCCCAAAUGCAUCAAAACCAACUUUCUGCAUCGAAACGCUCGUCGGUUCCUGCCCGACGAUACGCUCACCAUUCGGGCGACCGUCAAGGUACUGGCGGGGAAGAGCUCUUUCCCCGUCGUGCCUUCCGCGGCACAGCUCUACAGCCUGCAGCCCAACCGUGGGUUGGUAUCACCGUUUCCGGCCUGGCAGGCACCACCUCCAUCGACCCUACAUAGCCCAGCGGGUGGAGUGCUGUCACCACCAUCGUCUUACAUGCAGCAACCCGCCUACGGCUGCGGAUGCUAUGCCAGUGCGCACCCGUUGCAAGUUCAGCUGCCAUGCAUGCAGCAACAGCAGCAGUUCGGCGGUCAAUCUGGAUAUUUGGCCGCGUACGCUCCCUGCCCGGAUGCGGUGUUAAAUUUCUCUGUGCAUGUGUUUCAAGCAGCAGCUGCAAAAGCGUAUGACCGCCUUAGCGGACCUAACGGCUCCAAGUCGAAAAUAGACAGAAACGAAAGCUCACUGCAAUAG